GCUUGCGGCCGGUGUGGCAGCGGUGUUGGUUCUAGAAGCCGCAGCGGGCACAUUUUCUGGACAGUCGGCAGGGCUAUGGUCGCCGGCUUCCGAAGGCCCGCUCCGCAUCUCAGCCCGAUCCUGAGCGGUAGCCAGAGCGUUCUCUUCAGCCAAGUCCCCCGGCGCGUUCGGCUGCUCCCCGGGCGCGCCCCCUCCGAUGGCGGCAGAGAUCCAGCCCCAGCCACUGACCCGCAAGCCGAUCCUGCUGCAGCGGGUCGAGGGGUCUCAGGAGGUGGUCAACAUGGCGGUGAUUGUGCCUAAGGAAGAGGGUGUCAUCAGUGUCUCGGAGGACAGGACAGUUCGUGUUUGGUUAAAGAGGGACAGUGGACAGUACUGGCCAAGCAUUUACCAUGCAAUGCCUUCUCCAUGUUCAUGCAUGUCUUUUAACCCGGAAACAAGAAGACUGUCCAUAGGUCUAGACAAUGGUACAAUCUCAGAGUUUAUUUUGUCUGAAGAUUAUAACAAGAUGACACCUGUGAAAAGCUAUCAAGCGCAUCAGAGCAGAGUGACGAUGGUCUUGUUUGUUCUGGAACUGGAGUGGGUGCUGAGCACAGGACAGGACAAGCAGUUCGCCUGGCACUGCUCUGAGAGUGGGCAGCGCCUGGGAGGUUAUCGCACCAGUGCUGUGGCCUCAGGCCUGCAAUUUGAUGUUGAGACCCGUCAUGUGUUUAUUGGUGACCACUCGGGCCAAGUAACUAUCCUCAAACUGGAACAGGAAAACUGCACACUGCUCACGUCCUUCAGAGGGCACACAGGAGGGGUGACAGCACUCUGCUGGGACCCGGUCCAGCGUGUGCUAUUCUCAGGCAGUUCUGAUCACUCUGUCAUCAUGUGGGACAUCGGUGGGAGAAAAGGGACGGCCAUCGAGCUCCAAGGACACAAUGACAAAGUCCAGGCCCUCUCCUAUGCGCAGCACACACGGCAGCUCAUCUCAUGUGGCGGUGAUGGUGGCAUUGUUGUCUGGAACAUGGAUGUGGAAAGGCAGGAGACCCCCGAGUGGUUGGACAGUGAUUCCUGCCAAAAGUGUGACCAGCCUUUCUUCUGGAACUUCAAGCAAAUGUGGGACAGUAAGAAAAUUGGGCUAAGACAGCACCACUGCCGGAAGUGUGGGAAGGCCGUGUGCGGCAAGUGCAGCUCCAAGCGCUCUUCCAUCCCACUCAUGGGCUUUGAGUUUGAAGUGCGGGUCUGCGACAGCUGCCACGAGGCCAUCACAGAUGAAGAACGCGCACCCACAGCCACCUUCCAUGACAGUAAGCAUAACAUUGUGCAUGUGCAUUUCGAUGCAACCAGGGGAUGGUUACUGACUUCUGGAACUGACAAAGUGAUUAAGAGAAGCAGUUCCUUCCAUGUCAUCGUUGCUUGUCUUUGCAGAGGAAGUAAUAGUCACCAUACGUGGAUACCAGCCACUCUUAGCACUGGCAACCCAGAGUGCUCCCUAGGACAAGCCGCUUCUGCUACCUGGCACCGGGAAGCAGGGCUGGUGUGCGCCUCACAUGGCCACACCCCUGUUGGCCAUCUGCGAUAUGAGAGCAGGAUUCUGCCCAGGAAGUCAUCACCACUGUGAUCUAACAGCCUGGUCCGUGAAAUGCCACCUAACCGUAGUCAGGCCACUAUAACUGCUAUCAAUUUUUUCUGCAUCACAGAGCUUUGAAAAGGGAAUUAGAGCUAAAAUAUUCAAAUACCAAUGGUGUGGUUGAUUGCUAGAAUCUAUAGCCACUUGACAAGUUGCAGAGAACUGUGUGUUGCAAAUCAGUAACAGAAGUAAGUCUGUCUGAACUGGAGCAUGACUGCCAAGGGAAGGAAGUACAGUAUUAGGAAAGCAGAGGCUCAGGCUCCCAGCACGCCCGUGUGGAUUCCCAGUCCUGUAUGGAUGCAUUCAGACCUUCAGUAGAACACUUUACACUGUGGGGUAGCCCUAUACACCAUUUUGGUCAUGCCCCAGCUAUGGCCCAUCCUCAGGAGUGCCCAGAGACUGAAAGUUGACAGUGAUGAAAAUCAUGGGUGUAUACCACAGAUCGACCAAGGUUUCCGUGGCUCUGCCUUUUCCGCCCUUCUUACCCAUGUGGCUGUUGAUGGAAAAGAAUGUAUCAGAAAACCAUACAUGCAUGCAUGUGAUACUGUGAGUUCUUCUGGCAUGCAUUAAACCAAAUUGCCACUUGAUGAACACCAGAGAUAACAAGCCCUUAGUUUGUAUAAAUCAUGAUCCAAUUCACAUUUUGAGAGGAUACUAUGUUAUGUGAUAGAAUUUUCUUUCCGUUCCUUUCUUUUGAAAAGUAUUGAUAUACUUUGAUAAUAAAAAGGAGGAAACUAAAAAAAAAAGAAUAAGUGCUUAGAAUUUUUUUAUCAUUUUAUAAAAGGUCAGUUAACAUGUGUUUCUCAUUCAGUUGUUUGAAUUAUUAAUGAAAUUACAAAAAUUAUAAAGUUGGGAGGGAAAUUUGAGGUCUCAAAUGUCCCAGGUUGAUCACAACAGGCAGUUAGACAGAGAUGAAGUGUGAACAGGAGAAUCUCAAAGAACAUUCAGAGAAUAAUGGCAUUUACUGUUACCAGUGGCAUUGUGUGUAGGCAGAAGGGCAGCCCUUUUGCCUGGGCAGGAAGUCUCUGAACUCAGGUUUGAUACUGUUUUGAGCAAAUUUGUCAUAACUUUUGGUGCUUGCCUGUGAUUAUGAGUGGGAACAUGUUACACCAGAAGGUGGAUGGUACCAUUGAUCUGUAUCUCGACACCCCUUCCUACAUUAGUCCCUACUGACUGCCCUAGAGUCCCUCUGCCCUGCUGGCUAAGGGCUGCUCCUCCUGGCCUGGGCCUACAGCAUUCGUCAUCGUGAUGAGAGACAUUGCCUUCUCAGCAUCUCAGAGUCAUAUUUUAAAGCAUACUAUAUUUUUGUUUAACAUCCUUAAAAAGCUUGAAUUUGAGCUUUAAAGCAAAAGAAUAGCUCUGCAUUACAUGUCACAGUAACCGGAAUAUGCAUUAAUGAAGGGCUUCUGGCUUUGCUUUUUCAUAGUAAUUAAAUACAUAUAUAUUUGUAUAUAAGUGAGCUUGUUCACUAAGAUUUAUAUUUUAAAGCAAAAGAAAAACAUUUCCAAAGUGCUCUUAUUUUUUUUUUUCCCUUAAAAUAAGGCUGUGUUGAGGUGGCUUCUCAGCACCCUGAUGAAAUGACACUGAUGAUAAUCAGUUUGCCACGUUGUCAGGCAGUAAGGUCCUACCAGGGAAGCCUGUGUGCUCCUGUAAACUGUACUUCAGCUUGACAGCCAGGAACUACACACCAACCCUCAGGAGUUUAGGUCUCUAUUUUUCCUUUUAGCAUUGCGUUCCCACCAGAAGCCUCAAGGAUAGCACGGGCAGCAGUGUCUUGCCUGAAUGGGGCCCUCCCUUGUACUUUGUAUGCCACAGCCUGUUGACAAAGAUUUUGAAAAGGUGGUCAGAUCUCUGAGUGAGGUGUGGAUUCGACCACAGUGCUGACAGCCCCCUCUAGACCUGUGAUUCCUGUUCUAUGGCUGGUGUUUAUUAUAGGACUAAGACACAUGAUCACUGGUCACAGAGCUGACCUCGCUUAGGCAGAUGAGAACACACUGCACUGCCAGAUCAGAGGAGCUACUCUCUGGUCUUUUCCAUCUAGGGCUUUGUCUUAGGGUUUUACUGCUGUGAACACUCACCAUGACCAAGGCAAUGCUUAUAAGGAAAACAUGUAAUUGGGGCUGGGUUACAGGUUCAGAGGUU